UUUGCAUUUGCAUGCUCAUGUGGGUGUUCUCUGAACCCUUCGUCUGAAUCCCCAUUUGGUGGUGUGGUCGUCACAUAUACUCAUAACUCUGAUUCCCCACAAAUUCAAAUACGCAGAUUUCUUCGUACAUCACAGGACCCACUUUGCUCUCUUUUCCCAACGCAAGUAUAGAAGAGGAGUUUCCAGAUGCUAGGACCUCAAGUUAGAGUCACGAAGAAGUUCAGGAUAACAUGAUGAGAUAAUACGGUAUCACCUGAAUCUGGAAAGAAGUUUGUCAAACGAUGCAGAACACUGAUAUGAGACUUGAAUCGGGAACUUGUAACGUGUGCUCAGCUCCUUGUUCAUCUUGCAUGCAUCUUAACCAUGCUCUUAUGGGUUCGAAGGCUGAAGAGUUUUCAGAUGAAAGCUGUCGCGUAGGGGAGGCUAAUAAUCAGUAUUCUAUGGAUGAGGGUAAUGUAUAUUCUCUUAGGAGCAGAGCUUGUGAAAGCUCGCAGCAUGCUCUCAGUGAAACCAGUAAUAUGCUCAGUGCUAAUUCAAGUCAUGGUUCUCUAUCUGAAAAUGCCCAGAGUAGACAGAUGUCAUCAAAUAAGUAUCAGGAUUCCAAGUAUUUAGAAGUUCAUGAUGAUAACACUUCGUGUAUUAGUAGAGCCAGUGAUCCUAAUGUAGUGAAUGAUAGCUAUCAAAGGAAUGCAGAGGGAAUAAAUAUAUCUUGUAGUUCAGCUUCAGUUAGUCAUUUAAUGGCAGAAGGUUCUGGAAGUGUUCCCUCUGUUAAUGUGUCUGGCUUGUCUGAGAUCCCAACAUCUAAAGAUGAGGAUACUGGUCAUAGCUCACCUAAGGUACAAAGCCUGUUUGGACAAUCUCGAAGUGGUAAAUCUCUCUCAGGUAUUCCAAGCUUAAAGCAUGUGGAAAGGGAUUCGCGUUCUCAUACUCCUGAAAAGUUGUCAGAAUGCUCUAUCAAGAAUUCUAGUUCAUCAUUUUCCAAAGAGAGGGAACCUAUUGUUGUUUCUGGGGAGAAAUCUAUUGCUAAUAAGGAUUGCCAUAUUGAUGGUACUACCAAUGUUUCACUGAAAGUAUGUCCAAAAACAGAAGCAGAUACCGAUAAUGAUGUCUGUGAUGAUAAAGAUGAAGAUCAUAAAUGUUCAGUUCAUGAUGGACCACACGAGAAGGCUGAAGAACUGGUUAAAUCACCUGCCAAGCAGGAACCUCAAUCUGAAGAUGAGAAUGAUGAAUCUGAUGUCAUGGAACAUGAUAUAAAGGUGUGUGAUAUCUGUGGAGAUGCUGGUCGUGAGGAUCUACUUGCCAUAUGCAGUAGGUGCAGUGAUGGUGCAGAGCACACCUACUGCAUGAAAGAAAUGCUUGAGAAAGUCCCUGAAGGGGAAUGGUUAUGUGAAGAAUGCAAAGAUGCAGAGGAGACUGAAAAUAAAAGGCUGGAUGUUGAAGGAAAAAAAAUCCUUGAAGUUAGUUCAACUUCACAAGUCUCUGGCAAAAGGCUUUCUGAUAACAUUGAAGUAGCACCAGCAGCAAAAAGACAAGCUCUUGAAUCAAGCACAGGAUUGCCCAAGGCAUCAAGCCCCAAGAGAUUAGUUACACUGUCACGAGAAUCUUCAUUUAAGAGCUUAGAUAAAUUAAAAGCGAAACCUGCUCUUCUGAUGCCUACUCAUAACCACUCAGGUGUUGAUGACACAGAGAUUGCUCGUUCUACUUCCAUUGGCCCUCAGGGUCAAAUUCCAAAGAGUAUGCUGUUGAAGUCUAAAUCAUUCAACAUAAAUUCCAAGCCAAAGGUCAAACUUGUUGAUGAAGUUGUUCCCCGAAAACUAAAAGGGGUUAAUGAAAAAACUUCUAAGAAUAUGGAGACACCUGCUCGGAUGACAAGCAAAUCAACGUUAUUCAAAUCCUCAAGUUUGGGCCGAUCCAGUGCGACUGAACCAAAAGUUAAAAUGCUUUCGCCUAAGUCUGCAACUGCAUCAGAGUUGAAAGGAUCUAGACAUUUAAAAGAAUCAGGUUCAUUUGAUAGGAAAUUUCCAUCUAGGAAUGAUCGACCUGUGGCUAGUUCUGUUCUUUUCACACCUAAGGGUGAUCAGAGGCUUACACCACGUGGUGAUACCCCUAAACCUUCAACAGUUAUCAACAGUCGAGAGUUGAAGGUUAACCAUGAUGGAAAAUUAAGUGCAAAGUCAACAAGUAAUAUAAGCCGUAAAAGUUUGGAUCGUCAAGAUAGUUCAGAGAGAACUUCAACCAGUGUCGAUGAAGCUCUACAAGAUGUGCCGCCUCGAUCACGAGAGACAGCAAAUCAGGUUGAGAAAACCAGAGAUAGUUCUAGUGAUCGUGUAAUGCCAGUUGUUCCCGCUGCUUCAAAAAGCUCAUUCUGUCAAAAAUGUAAAGAAUUUGGCCAUCCUCCGGAAUGUUGCACAGCCGGUAGUACACAGGAAUCUGGUGCUGAAAUAUCUGCCACUACCUCUAGUAGUUCAAAAGAGGAUAUGCAUAAAGGCAAUAGAUUGAAAGCUGCAAUCCAGGCUGCUUUACUUAGAAGGCCUGAAAUAUACAAGAAGAAAGAAGUGCCUAAUCAAACUGAUGAGGUUUCUACACUGGGCACAGAGUUGAAUUGCGAAGUCGCUUUGCAAGAUCAAUUGUUGGUUUCCAGUACACUGAAGAAUAGUAUCUCUGCUGAAGAUACACAUGAACAACAGGAAAUCCUUGAGAACUCUACAUCUGAUUCUUCCAAAUGCUCAUCUGCCAAUGAUUUAAAGCAACUGAACUCUAGUCGAACUGAUUUUUGUUCCCAACCAGGAAAGUCGGAUUCCAUUGGUCUUGCUGCUGGAAAGCCUGUAGCGAGAUCCUUGUCUCAUAAAGCAAUGUCAAGUGUUCUUUCGAAGAUGUUGGCCAUUCCUGAAUAUGAAUACAUCUGGCAGUAUGAAACAUCUUUUGAUGAACUAGUUUGUCUUUACUUCUCGAUUUCGCUUGCUGUAUUACUUUUCUUGUUUUGUAUUCAUGCGUGUUCUACACAAGCUUUGUUGUUUGCAUGCAGGGGUGACUUUGAAGUGCAUAGAAAUGGAAAGCCUCCUGACUUAUGUACCGGAGUUCAGGCACAUUUAUCCUCUUGUGCUUCUCCUAAGGUUCUUGAGGUAGUGAACAAGUUUCCACCCGAAGUUCCUGUCAACGAAGUUCCUCGCUUGAGUACGUGGCCUUCACAAUUUCUUCAAGGUGGUGUUAGAGAAGAUAAUAUUGCUCUUUACUUCUUUGCCAGAGAUAUCGAAAGCUAUGAGAGACACUACAAGGGUCUAUUGGAUCACAUGAUUAGAAAUGAUUUAGCACUUAAAGGGAUUUUUGAUGGUGUUGAACUUCUCAUAUUCCCAUCCAAUCAGCUUCCUGAAAAUUUACAGCGCUGGAAUAUGUUGUUUUUCUUAUGGGGCGUAUUUAGGGGGAGGAGGAUCAGUCUUUCAGAUUCUGCAGAAAAGAUUUGUAUUCCCAGUUUGAAUGUGAUGCCAGUUGAGGAAAAUUCUUCAAGUGUUGUAGCGACUCUGUCUGAAAUGCACUGUUUGCCAAAGUGCAUGGACGAAGAAUCAAUUGAUUGUGAUAAAGCAUGCAAUGCAGUUCUCCCAUCCACUUCCGUAGGCCAAUGCCAGAUUACUAAAGCUAGUGUUCUGCAACAUUCUAAACCUCCCGAAGCAAUGGGAACGAGUGUAUGUACUAGUGGGAUUGUGGAAACAAAAACUGAUUCUCAUAUUUCUGUCAAGCGAGAGAACACCUUAUAUUUGGCAAUUCCUUCUGUUGGCAGUCAAGAAAGAGGUGCUGCAAGCAAUAUUAGCAAGGAAAUUUUUUUGGAGAGAAUGAACAGUCAUGAAGACCAGCCAAGGCCUACGAGGAAACAGAAAGAAAAUUGUCACUAUAUUGAUUUGGAGGCAACUAUUUACAAUGAAGAAAGAAGUGCUGCAAGCAAUAUUAGCAAGGAUAAAAGUUCAGAAAGAAUGAACAGUGAUGAAUAUCUGCUAAGGCCUAGGAAACAGGAAGAUGAUCACUAUAUUGACUUGGAGGCAACUGUUGGAAAUCAAGAAACAAGUGCUGCAAGCAAUAUAAGUAAGGAUAAAAUUUUAGAGAAAAUGGAUGGUAAUGAAGAUCAGCUAUGGCUCAAGAAGAAACCGAAAAAAGAUGAUCACUAUAUUGACUUGGAGGCAACUUUUCAGGAGGACCUGGCUGUAGAAGGGAUCAAUUGGCAGCUAUCCAGUGAUAAAGAAGUUCAGUAUGUUGAUCUUUCAGACAGAGUUAUGCAGGCUUCUGCAUUUGGUUCUCAGAAAAUGCCUUGGAAUGAGGUAAAUGGCAAACUGAAAGAUGGAGAAAGUUCUAGCAAGAAGCUAAAGACAGAUUUCAGUGGGAUUUAUGGAUGUUAUAGUACUGUAGGUAGAGACUCUUUUAAUGACAGUUUUGCCCCUCUUGCCACUAAUCCCGGUUCCUGUUCUUCAGUUGAGGACAAAGUAUGUGAAGAAGCUUGUGAUGAGAAAAUCAUCUGUGAGGACUUGGGAACGAUGGAAAGAACCUUCUUUCCCAUUGGUACACAGAAUAUUAGUGACUCGCAAUCGAUGCUGAAUAGCAUGUCUUUGAAAGGGCUUCCUGAGUUUGAGGACCGAUUUCAAGAUGGGAUUCCGAAUCUAGAGUUAGCUUUAGGGGGUGAAACAAAAGCACUGCCGCCGCCUGCGCCUAAGGCUAUGCUGCCUUUCUUAGUUGGGGCAGUAGACCGGAAAAAUAACCGUCCAGAUAGCUUGGCAGAUGGGAAGGAGGAUGAUGGUGUUGCUGCAUCUCUUUCCCUUUCUCUAUCUGUUCCAUCUUCAAACAAGGAACACUCAAAAGCUGCUUCAAAAGCAGAGCUUUUGCCUGAUGGGCACCGUGUGAAUACCUCGUUGUUCCUUUUUGGGAGAUUCACAGACAAAUAAAUCUGCUCCUAUAUAUUUCCAAUUAUGUAAAUUAUCUUUGUUCCGGAUGGCCAAUCUUGAAUGAUCCAGCCGCUAUACAAAUGAGCCAUUGCCCUCAACAAGAGUCAAUAAGGUUUUUUUUUUUUUACUUCGUCCUCUGUCGAAUACAUGUUUUUAUAUUAGUUUUUUAUGGUUUUCACAAUGCACAGUUACGGCUGUUUGUAUAUAGAGAGAAUCUAAGCCGGCAUAAUUUCAGAAAUGUUAUUGGGAACUUGCGGAUGACUAUUUUUAUGACAUGGUUUCCUUUGUUCCUGACUCUAUUGUAUGUCUU